AUGGCCACCAACAACGUCGUUGUCCUGAGCCAGGAUGCUCCAGCUCCAAGCCCUCUCAUGUCACAAGGAAUAAUCAGCAAUGGAAUGGUGUACUGCUCUGGUAGUCUGGGCAUCGAUCCCAAAAGCGGUACAUUCGUCUCUGGUGACGCCUCAGACAGAACUGUACGGGCUCUUCAAAAUCUCGAGGGGGUCUUGAAAGCCGCCGGUAGUGAUCUAAGCAAAGUUGUUAAGGUUACAAUCUUUCUCUCGAGCAUGGAUCAUUACGCAAAUGUCAAUAAGGGCUAUGGGAAGGUUUUUAUCCAUGAUAUCAAGCCUUGCCGCACCUGCGUUUCUGUUGCAAAGCUUCCUCUGGAUGCCGAGGUAGAGAUCGAGCUUAUUGCAUCACUUUAG